AUAGAAUUCUGUUUUCAAUAUGGCCAAGCACAGUUCGCGAAAUGGGGAAUCAUUUGAUUGGGCUUCUCGCCAGCACUCACUUCAUAACAGGUCACAGAAGCUAGGCAAGGGAGUUUCUAUUACCACUCUUGAGCUACCUUAUGAUAUCCUGUGUGAUGGCUGCAACAAGCUAUUGGAAACUGGGACUCAGCUAAAGACUGAAAAGAGGAUGGUUGGAAACUAUCUCAGUACGCCAAUAUGGAGCUUCCGGACAAGGUGCUGUGAAUGUCGGCACUGGAUCGAGUUCCACCAUAACCCGGAGGGCAUCGGGUACCUAGUCACAAGAGGUGCCCGUAAGAUGAUCGUGCCUGAACCAGUAAUUGAUAGAGGAAGCCCAAAAAAGCAGAAGAUAGAAACAGACGACCAUGUGGCGGCUAUAAAGCUUUUAAACGAUAGGCAAUGGAAAAAUGCGGAUGAUGCCAACGCACAGCUACGAAAAGUAUUUAGAGCUGCAAAGAAAGAGCGCAAGCAGACCCGGGGUGAGUCAGAGGUGAUUCGAAGCGUGGUUGGUAUACCCGCAUCAUCUAAUUCGUCUGAAAAAUGGGGUCUGAAUGAAACAGCCACAGGAUUAUGCGGCAUCGACCACACAUCCACAGUGCGCAAACGUAUCAGAACAGUGCCACCAAGAAAACCGCUGCCCAUUCAAGACCGAGUCUGGCACAUUCGUCCAAAGGAUGCCGAUCCAUUCACAAGCAAUGCACCAUUAUCACAGUUUACUGACAAGACUUUGGCUGACUACGGCAUCAGAAAAAAGAAAAAUACUGAUCAAAGCGAAACGCAAUGGACUCGAGGAAUGGCUUCAUAUAUACACUAGCGGUUCGUCUGAGAGUGAAUAAUAUUUAUACAAUCAGC